UCCUCUUAUUGUCUCACGUACUUAUCUGUAUAUGGAGGCAGAGAAGGGUAGAUAGGUGACGGUGAGCACUGCAAUUCUGUGCUCUGACGUAUUUCAAGCUGGUUACACUCUUUGAAUACGUAAUAAUGCAAUGAAGCAGGCGAGUGGCAGCUGUGGAUAUAGAUUGCUGCAUAUGUGGUUCUUAAAUGCCUUGUAAAACAAUUUAGAUAGGUCUUGGACAUGGCUACUUCCGCUCUGCCACCACUGCAUUUGAGUCUACAGCAGACCUGAAGUUCAUGUUAUAUAUGUGUACGCGGCUUUCUUUAUAUGUAAAUACGGAAACGCGCAUAUAAAUAGCUCUGUUCUGUUUAAAUAUAUGUAGUGAAUGCAAGAUUUCAUCAAUGAAGAUAUGAAAACAUAUGUGUUGUGAUUCACGGCUUAAUCCCAGUGUUGUAAAACGAAUAUUGAUAAGUUACAUGUUUAUAUCGUUAAUACGAAGUCAUUGAUUGAAUAUUUAUCUAUGUUUACAGUUAUUUCUCGUUAGCUGAUACAUAAACUUCACUAAAACGAUGUAACUAUUCCCACAGUGAUAUAUGGAAUUGUGUAACUUUCUCAUAUUUGUGCGAUUUCCCUGCAUCAUUUUCACAACGUGACAAUGUGACAAAUUUGCAAGAAUUGCGUUAAGUGGUUACUGACAAUCUGUCUGAAACAGUAUGGUUCCUAAACAUAAUGGAUCAACUGUCCUUGUAGGCGUGUCUCUGUUUUCACUUUUGUUAGCUCUCAGUGUCUACUACGUUGUGGACAACAUUGCAAGACCCUCUGACGACACAGCACAUGGCAACUAUUUAACUGAACAAAACAGUGAAUCUUCAGGAAAGCAAAAGAUAAUGCACCCGCUAACAGAAAUAUUGUAUCAACAAUUAUUUCAAAAGAAACCUCUUGGAGUAUGUCCUGUCUAUUUAACAAAGAUUUGUAGGUGGAAGAUAUACAAACAUGAAGACAACGAAACAACAGAAGAAAAAAUUUAUAAAAACACAACGAAAGACAAACUAAAAGAGUUUAAUAGUAUAAUUAGAUUAUGUCAAGUGUUUGGACUUAUAAAAUAUCAAGACGUUUGCUUUUAUGUUCAGAACAGUUUUUUCCAAGUUAUUCCAGCCAGUCGAAAGGCUUCUCAAAUAUUACAGGAUUGUGCUUAUAUAAAUAAUAAUGGUUAUCCUUGUGUCGUAAGGAGCAACACUGAAUCUCAGUAUCUCGCCCCACGAAAUGUUUGUGUUUCUGACAGCGCAACUGCCAUCAAUGUGCUUACUAAACGCUGUAGGUUUAGAACAGAGACAUACCGCAACAACAGCGAGUUCAUGCCGCUUGAAGAUUUCAUUUACGAAGUGGAAAACUACAGUUACAGAAAUGAAUAUGGAGGUAAGAAGGGCGAAAUUUCGGCCGAAGGCGCAAAUGAUAACAAUCAGCAGUAUAAAUCUGGAAGCAACAAGACGAAGACGGGUACCAGUGCUACGACUGUUGUCUGCCAUAUAUUGCUGGCAGCUCUGCUCGUAGCUUCUGCUUCUGUGGCUUUGUUUGAAGUCUGCAGAGAUCGUCUAGGUGACAAAAAGUUUGGACAACAAUCCAUUAUCGGUGAUGGUAGGAUCAACGCCACUGGAGGCCGCUCCUUCUUGCUGGACAACCGGCGCUGCUCAUUGGUCGACCUAACUGUGAGCCGGCACGCCAGACGGGAAUCGGCCCAGCACCAACAGCAGGUGAUUCAACAGGAUUGCAGUAACAACAAUGCAGGACCGUCUGUGGCCCAACGACGCCCACAGACGAAACUUCUAGGUGAUCGACCACCACCACUAUUACGUCGGAGCUCAUUUCCUGUCCACAUAGGAGCUGCUGCUUCAAUCACCCAUCACUCUUUCACACCCAAAGAGCGUGUUCCAACUCCCAGUGGAACAGCAACACCUACCAAACCCUCAUCAAGGAAGGCUUCAGUGGACGGAAGUGAAGGUGACUCUUCACCAGACAUGGGGAAGCGAAGAGUUAGGUUCCUAAGAAGGUACUGAAGCUUGAAUGAAAUAUGUCAGAUAUAUAGCAUGAAGAACGUUCUUGCAGGACCAAUGCCUGUGAGUCUACCUAAUGCAUCUGAAAGGACUGCUUCUUUACUUGUACCCAAUCCAAUUCUGCUGUGAGGUAAAAAGUGUCAUACAUGCUAUUAACUUAAUUGUCAACAGUGGUACUGAAUAAAUUUAUUAAUAUUCCAAUUAUUGCCAUUAGGUUUGCCUUCUCCUUUAUAUAUGCCCUUAUGGCACAUAACUCUCCCCAUACACCCAGUGCACUUCCAGAGACUGAAACUUGGUUUCGUCCUUGGGCUCUAACAUACACCCCUGCUCUAGCACAUGUCCUAGUAUUGGAUGUAUCCGUACAUUAUAUGUCCUGUCCUAUCAAAUAUGUCUUAUAAAUGGAAAAAAAAGUAUUUCAGCAAUCAAUCCAUAGCCUAAAUGCGAAAUACCCUAUUAUUAUUCCAAAACACAAUCUAUUUGAACAUAUUUAAGGCAUACCAUUAAUGCAGCAUAACCAGACUAUAGAAAUGCAAUAAAUACAAUUAAUCCUUGUGAUAAUCUUUAAAAGCCCACAAUACAUAAGAAACCAGAUUGUAAACGUGUACAGCAUACAUUUAACAGGGACUAUAAAUUAUACAAUUAAGAUCAUGUUGGACUCUUCCUUAAAUAAUAAACUCAAAUACAACUCUUACCUAUUAGAUGAUAUUUAUUCAGAUUGGUAAGAUGUUAAAAGUAUAGACAUACAGAAUGAAUAAACGGUUAAUUUUAAGGAUUCGCUGUUCACUGUUAUUACACACUCCAAAAAAAUAUUAAAUAGACCUGUACAUAAAAUACACAAUUUAAGUUUGUAUUGUAAUACACCAUCACAUUAAAGAAAAAAACAAAUAUGAUUUCAACACAAUCCAAACUCAAUAACGGCUUUCUAUUGCUUUUCCGCUCAAUUACAAUUGUAUUAAGGAGAAGACUAUUCAAUAUUAAAUUUUGGAAAUGCAUGCGUAGCACCCCUUUGGUUCAAUUAUCUCGAGAAUCUUAAGAUUUGUGGAAAUGAUGUAUCGGGUAUAAAAUGACUUUCAUUUUUCGUUAUAACUUACGGACAAAAUAUUCCUCUCUCCAGUAAAUAUUUGGCGAGAUUAGCUGGAGAUACGCACAGAAACGCAUGGAGGUCCUUAUGCAAGGUUUCUGCUAACCUUGCCCGAUCUGAAUAAAAAUUGAAAAGGACCGGCAUUUUUUUUUUUUGGUAUGAAAUUGUAUGAAUACGUCCAGCGGUUUUAUACUGACAGAUCGGGCGAUCUAACUAUAUGCGCUGCACAAUAGUGACUGUGUAACAGUAAUCUCAACUGUUGAUGUUGAUGAUGAU